AGAAGACAAGCAGACACCGAGCCGUCUCUGCUUGCAGCGACCAGCUACCAUCGCGGAACUAGCACUGUGUGCUAAUCGGUAGAAUUAAACAUACGAAAAAAAGCCUCAUCGAAAGGGGGAAAAAAUCAUCACAUCAGCCAAAAAGAAUAUCCAGCAUCACAUCACGGCUGUCGGCUGCAUAAUUUGCUGAAAGGAUCAGCAUUGGCCCUUUAAAAAACCACAUCAGUCUACAUCUAAUGCAGACACCAAUAUACAAGAGGGCACAAGCGGUUGCAGUCACGUAUAUGGAAAUGAUGUGCUCACCUAGCAUCAACCGUAAUAAAUACCAAUGACUUAUCAGAAUUCUUUGUGUUUCCAAGGAUUUCUCUGCCAUUAUAAAUGCUGGAAGAAGCAUUGUGUAUAAAAGCAGGUGUGCCAGUCAUAGCACUGUAAUUACUAAUGUUUGUUGGACAUUUAUUAAUUUUAAAGAUUUCAGGCUUGGAUCCAAGGUCCUAUAGGGUUGUAUUUCUUUCUAUAUUAAGAAAUUGGAUGCGGAUGGACUAGGAUUAGGAUAAGGACUACUUCCACAGCUCUUUUUGAAAACAAGAGGUGCCCCCAUUCUGUGUCAGCAGCACCACCGAACUGCCCACCAUGUCGGAUGGAAGAAUCUAUGUGGGGAAUCUUCCCAUGGAUAUCCAGGAGAGGGACAUUGAGGAUCUCUUCUACAAAUAUGGAAAAAUCCGUGAUAUUGAAUUGAAGAACAAUAGAGGCACUAUUCCUUUUGCCUUUGUCCGUUUUGAAGACCCACGGGAUGCGGAUGAUGCUGUCUAUGGAAGGAAUGGAUAUGGAUAUGGAGACUCCAAGCUGCGAGUAGAGUAUCCUCGAUCUACUGGGGCUAAAUUUGGCCCCAUGGGAGGUGGUGGUGGUGGUGGUAGUGGUGGUGGAGGACCUAAGGGAAGGUUUGGACCUCCAACUCGAAGAUCUGAAUUCCGCGUCAUAGUGACUGGAUUACCACCAAGUGGCAGCUGGCAGGAUCUGAAGGAUCAUAUGCGCGAAGCAGGGGAUGUUUGUUUUGCAGAUGUGCAGAGAGACGGAGAGGGUGUGGUGGAGUUUCUCCGUCGGGAGGACAUGGAGUAUGCUUUGCGCAGACUGGACCGGACUGAGUUUCGUUCACAUCAAGGCGAGACUGCUUACAUCCGUGUCUUUGAGGAGAGGGGCACUCCCAACUGGGGUAGGUCACGCUCCCGCUCCAGGUCCAGAGGCCGCUAUUCCCCUCCCUACCAUAACAGAGGCUCUCCCCCUCCGCGCUACCAGUCGCCACCACGGCACACUAUGUCGCGUCACAGCCCACCCCCCAGGAGGCACCCUCCUCAGCACCAUAGCCCACCCCCACGCCAUUAUCGAUAGAAAGGCCUGCCAUUUACAGAGGAAUUUGGGAAAAUGUUUUGUAUUUCCACUUUUCAUUUUUUCCCCAGACCUCAUAGGACAUACCAUGGUUACUUCUAGCUACAUACAUUCCACUGUCAGGAUGGCCUGGACCUGUUCCUUCCCACAGCCCGUAAAUUUGUUUUUAUUUCUUUUUUUAAACAUUUGUGUGUUAUCUGUAAGUGGGAUUAAUAUUUUAUCCCCCUUGGUAAGAUAAUAGUGUUUGUCAGUUGUAUAACAUUGGAAGUUUCUUUUGUAAGAAAAUUGAAUAGAAUAAUUAAAUCCUGGGUUGUGAUGGCAGACGGAUGCCAGUACAAAACUGGAAUGCAGUCUUGUCCAAAACAAAUUACACAUUACUCCCGUGAUCAUACUGAAGGUCAUGCUCUUUUGUUGUUGGUUUUUUUUAAUCUUUACAAAAUAUUUCCCCUUUGUGUCACAAUUUUGCUGCCUGAUGUGUGAAGUUUUUGCCAAAUUAAGAACCUGUGAAGUUUUAUCAAUAUCCUCUUACUCAACAGAUUAGUGAGCCUUUUACACUAGUGUCAUGUCAUGUUGACCGUGAGCCUCAAUUUUCUGGGUUUUUUGUAUGUGCGAGCCUCUGACUGAGGUGGCCUGUAGGUGGACUUUAAUUUGCAUGCAUUUCUUUACCAAUAAAAUGCAAACUUUUA